UCCCCAGUAAACCUGGAGUCAUACACCAAGAGCUUCAAGCACUCAGACCUCCAACAGCAUGACACUGCAAGUUACUCCUAUAUGUCUCAAAAAGUCAAAGAUCCAGAGCGAUUGCUGGGGGAGAUAUCCUUUCAGUUGGAUCGUCGGAUCCUGUCCUAUAUUUUCCAGGGCCAGGCCAGACUCUAUGGGUUCACUGUGCUUAAUCUACGGGACAAGAUUGUGCAGGUUUCCACACACCCUCUGACAGGGAAGGUGGACGAGGGCUACCGACUCCAGCUGUCCCAGCGGCACAUCGAGCUGAUGGACAGGCUGAACCAGCUGGGCUACAGUACCAUUCUCCAUCCACCCUUCACAGAGUUCAUCAUCAACACCUAUGGCAUAUUGAAGCAGAGGCCUGACUCCUAUAGCACCCAGGAGUUGGGCUACAACAGCCCAGACUUCCUGAGGAGAGUAGUGAUCAACGCGAGCCCUUCCAAGCUACUGAAGGACAUGCUGCUGCUGCUCAAUUGCCUCUGCUAUAUGUCCAGGCUGGACGGCAAGCCCCUCUUCCUCUGGUAGAUAAGCUGGGUCCACUUCCGGUCCAGGGUGUUAUGGCUGGCUGAUGAUAAGCUUUUUGCAAACCACUAGAACCGGAGCAGAGAAGUCCGAUGUCAUUUGGCUUUUUACGCAAUAAACAAAUGAGUCAAACUUGCUCUU